CUCUUCUCUUUCUCUCUCUAAAAAUUCCAGGCUUCUCUCUCUGUCUCUUCUAUUUUGAGAUCUCUCAAGCUCAAGCCUCAUCCAUUUCUCUCUCUCUAUAUAUAUAUACACACACAUGCGUAUGUGUAUAUAUAUCGAUCUGAAAUGGAGGAGAGUUUGUCGAAUUUCAUGGAAUUGAUGAAGAGGCCAGUGGUGGUUGAAACAUUCGUCGACAUUUUGUUAUGCGCAGUCCCGAUUUGGGUCGCGGUGAUGAUCGGGCUCGUGAUCGGCUGGUCUUGGCGGCCUAGGUGGACCGGACUGGUUUAUUUAGGGCUCCGGUCCAAGCUCCGGUUCGCCUGGACUUUGCCGCCGGGGUUCGGAGCUCGGCGCCUCUGGUUUGCCUUCACGGCGCUCUCGGCUUUCUCUGUUGGUCGGACUCUUUGGUCUAGGUUUAGAGGGAAAGGAAAGGAGUCGGCGGCUGCGGCCGCGGCUUCGGGUUCCGACUCGCCGGCGAUUGUGUCGGUGGAUGGUAGUGGCGGCGAUAUCGAGCCCAGCAAUGCAACAUCUCUGAUAGAGGAUGUUGUCACUGAGAAAGAUGUUGAACACUUAUUGAAUCUGCUUGAAAGCAAGGAUGGGGAAAUGGGGUGGCAAAAUCUGAUGGAACGCUCCACCUCAAACAUGGCAUACCAAGCUUGGCGCCAUGAGCCCGAGACGGGACCUGUAGUGUACCGUAGCAGAACGGUCUUUGAGGAUGCAACUCCGGAGCUGGUUAGAGAUUUCUUCUGGGAUGAUGAGUUUCGCCCUAAAUGGGAUCCUAUGCUUGCGCACUUCAAAAUAUUGGAGGAAUGUCCUUCUACAGGGACGAUGAUUGUCCACUGGAUAAAAAAGGUUUUCUUGAACAUAUGCAUUUUCCCUUUUUUCUGCAGUGAUCGCGAAUAUAUCAUUGGUCGAAGAAUAUGGGAAGAUGGAAAGACGUAUUAUUGCGUGACAAAGGGGGUGCCAUAUCCAGCUUUGCAGAGGAGUGACAAGCCAAGGCGUGUGGAUCUGUAUUUCUCAAGCUGGGUUAUCAAGCCUGUGCAAUCUCGUAGAGGAGAUGGACAGAUGACAGCCUGUGAGGUGACUCUCGUACAUUACGAGGACAUGGGAAUCCCCAAAGAUGUGGCGAAGCUAGGAGUCCGUCACGGGAUGUGGGGAACGGUGAAGAAGUUGCACUCUGGCUUCAGAGCAUAUCAGCAAGCAAGGAAAUCAGAGAACCCACUGUCCCGAAGUGCAGUGAUGGCAGGUAAGACCACAAAGAUUGCAUUGGAGCCAACUUCUUCCAAUGAAGAUGAGAAAGGCAGAGCGUUUACAGCGGGACUCACUGGAGAUAAUGGCGGCUUUGAUUGGAAAUGGGUAGCUAUAGGUGGGGCCGUGGCUGUAGUUUGUGGGCUUCAGACUGGUGUGAUCGGAAAAGCCUUGUUGCUUGGGGCAGGGCAGAGAUUUGCUCGGAGGUGAGAGAUUCCCUUUUGUUUUUGUUUUAUUAAGGAUCCGUGAGAACAUAAUUUGAAUUUAAUGUUUUUCAAAUUGUCAGUAAUGUUAGAUCAAGUUAUUAUAUUUUGAUAAUUUUCCAUAAAAUGAAAAGAAUAUAAUUAAUUGUGGAUUGGUGUACUUGGAACCAUAUAAGUCCAAGUGUAUUAUUAUUUGUGAUUUGGUUUAUGAAUAGGUUCAAACCUGUUUGGGGCCAAGUUUUAUUUCA